AUGAUGGCCUCAGGUUAUAUGCCGCGUACCAGAGAGUACAGGGGAAUUCAGCCUAAUUCUGUUGCUAUUAGAGCGAGAAACCCUUUGAAAAAACCAGCCGACUGGUUCAUCAGGAAAAAUAGAGAAGUUGGAGAACGUUUGCAUGAAAUGGAAAUUCAAGUUCAGGAGCAGAAAUUGAGAGACAUUCGAACAGAUUUUGAGACAAGCGGAGAAAGACGUAUUCUGAUAACAAAUGUUAAAAGCCAUGUAAAAACACUGAUGGAUGCUAAUGAAUGCACACUGGAGUGUAGACGAGAAAAGUUGCAGAACAUGCUGGCCAAUGAGGAAGCUUGUUAUAUGAAAGAAAUUGAAGAACAGAAAGAGACAGUGCUGGAGAGACAAGCAAAGAUGAGGGAAAGAGCAAAGUUCCUGAAGGACAAGCGAGAAUCAGAGAGACUUGCAUUUGCCCAACAGAAAUAUGACCAGCAGUUCAGAGAACAAUGUGAAGAACUGAGAUCGGCAUUAAGCAAGAAGCACUAUGAAGAAAUCUGCCUUGAUCGUCUUGACCAGCUUCAACAAAAGGAAGAGGCUGCUUUGGAAAGGCAAGCCUACGAUGAUAUGUAUGCCAGGUUAUGGGAACAGGACAUGUUGGAAAAAGCAGCCAGAGAGGAACGAGAGGUCAAGGAACUCCACGAGAGAAAUCGAGGCACACUAGAAAUUCAGAGAAAGCAGAUGGCAGCUUUAGAGGCUCAAAGACAAGAAGAAAAAAAACUGAAGGAAGAAGAAGCUCAGAUUAUGAAAGAGCAACAGGCACUGUGGAAACUAGAGGAUGAAAUGAAGAAGAAGGAAAAGAUUCAAAAGCAGAAUGAGACAAGGGUAAUGUUGGAACGAACACUAGCAGCCAAGGCAAGAAAGAAAGCAAAAGAGGAGCAGGAGCAGCUAGCAUUUGACGUAAAGAUGUUGGAGCAGCUUCUUCAUGAAUCCCAUCAUGAAACUGUGGAAGCCAUGGAACGCAAGAGAGAACUCAGAGAAGAAGACAGAAGGUACCGCGAGUAUCUGAGAAAGUUGCUGGAGGAAGAAAAUGCUAGACAGAAGGAGCUGGACAAAUUUAUUCAACAGGAGGUAGAUGCAGCUUGGGAGAAACGCAUGGAGCAGUGGAGAAAGGAAAAAAUGGCCCGCAAACUUCUCAUGAAUGAGGUGAUGGAGGGCAGGGCCAAGCAGCUCAAGGAGAGAUUACAAGAGAAUGAACGCCUUCAAGCAGAGGCUGCAAGAGAACGAGAACAACUUCUUUAUCAGAUGGAAGAAAAUAGAAGAUGUGAGGCUGAAGAAAAUGCUAGACGUUUGGAAACGGGUCUCAAGCACCAGCGUGACCUGGUUGAUCAAAUCUCUUGGAACACAAGAGCUAGAGAUGAGGAAAGAGAACUUGAGAAAGAUGAAUUAAAGAAGGCACAGCAAACAGAGCUAGAGUUUCAAGCCCGUAAACAGCAUGUCUUAAGCAAUCCAUUGAUAGAAAAAAUCCACCCAAUGAGAAGGGCAAUACUGGCUCAGACUCAACGAUGUUGA